AGAGAAGGAGAGGCUCUUACGAAGAAGCUGAGAGUGUUGCCAAUGAACACCAAGACGGUGACGUUUUUGACGCCGGUGUUUCGCGGGAGCUUUCCUCAAAUACGGCCUCGUCCUCUGCACCGGAUUCAAACCAUCGUCGGACGUUCAGCUCAACCCCGCUGCCUCUUCUUCCUCUUCGUCCUCCCUCCAUCAGUCGCGAAAUCAUCGGUGUUACGGUUCCCCGCAAGGCUCGCUCAGCUGGUGCAAAAAGGACGCAUGCGAGUCCGGCGUUUGGAACAUCGGAGGAGCAAAGUUCACGGAGUGCUGUAGCGGCAUCAUCACCUUCCUUUUCCAGUGUUUCUCUGAAGAAGAUGAAAUUGAUAGGAUCGAAGACUCGGCUUUCGGAGGAGUUGAAAUUGUGUUCGUCAACUGACGAAGACAUCGAUAUUGAAAUAGCUGAGCUUCUCUUCGAUUUGAAGACCUCCAAUAGCAGCUAUUAUUCUUCUUCGCAGAAGCUGGAACCGAGUACUAGUCCAUCGACUCUUCCUUCUGAUGAUGCUGACAACAAGAAAGUGGAAGAUUACAGUUCUUCGGCUCUAGCUGCCCAAUUUGUAAAAGUGGAGAAGCUUUCUGAUGAUGCUGACAAUGGUCCUUGUCAUGAAAUUGGAUCAUCAGAGGCUGUAAAAUUGGAAAAUGAUUUGAAUUCAGGUGCUGGAUAUGACAUUUUCCCAGAUGGAAGAUCAGAGUUCUUCACAAGUGAAACUCCUUCCAAAUUGGAUGUUAACAAACAUGAGGAUUUUGCUUCCAUUAGAGAUGUGCCUGCUAUUUCCGAGGACAAAGGCCAACGAGUGGACAAGUUUGAGAUUGAUCUUAUGGCUCCUCCUCCUAUGAUGACAUCCCCAGAAAGGGAUAAUUUGUUAAUGUGUGAAGAUAGUGUCAAACUUAAAGAUAAUGCAGAAAGACUCGCUAAGAAAGAGAAAAUGAAGGAAGAAGACAAAGACGUGGCGAUGGAUGAGUUAAAACUUGAUUUGAAGCCAAGCAAACAUAUCGAGGAGCAGGUUAGAAAUAUGGAGCAACCCAUUAAAUUCACAAACCUCAAAGUGGAGAAAACUGGUGAAUCUAGUUCUGUGUCUUUGUCGACAGCGGUAUCAGAAGGGCCAGGCAAUCUCCUGGCUGUCAGCAGAUACAUGGCACCCAUGCAGAAUGUAGUGAAGACUGAAAAAACCACAGUUUCCGCAAUGGCCCCGCAGGAGCAUAUGAGUUUUGUUCUCUCUGAACCUCGAGCAAAGAGAUGUGCAACCCAUCAUUACAUUGCUCGCAACGUCUUCUUCCACCAACAACGUACAAAGAUGAACCCCCUUUUGCCAUCAGCUGUUGCCUCUGGUCCUCCUCCGUGCAACACAAAGUACAAUGAUAUCAAUUGUAUGCGCUCUGCAGGGAGUAUGCUUGUUGGGAAGAAGUCUCAAAAACACUCAAGUUUGAACCAAAGUGUUGCACAAGAGAAGGGAUGCGCUGCUACUAACGAUUAUAGUCUUGCUUCAGUUAGAAAUUCUGCUCUUGCCAACUCAAUAGAUUCAACACAAAUGAAGCAGCUUGUGCUUCAGCAAGGUUCACAACCAGGGUCAACUGGUAAUCUAGUGCAUGGCCCUGCUUUCCUAUUUCCUACUGGCCAGCAUCAAGCAUCAAAGACAACCACCGCUAUUCAGGCCGCAGGAGUUAACUCCACCAGCAGUGCUGCCUUAUCUAAUAAAUCCCAUAGUUCACCCGUGGGAGCUCUUGGUACCUCCUCUACAUUGGCAGGAGUUGCUGCUGCAACGGGCUUUAGCUCCCCAAAUUUGACAGCCAAUGACACUCCUUAUAUGACAAUAGUUCCCAAUAGUGGGUAUCCAUUCCCCUUCUCAACUCCUCUUGGAGCAUCUGCUGCCAUCAAGGGUGCAAGCCCUGCACAACCAACACCUAUACUCAAUGGGCCUUUGUACACUUCUCAGAUGUUCCAUCCUCUUCAACAUCCUCACUCCCAAUCAUUGAUUCAACCGAGUUAUCUCAAUGCAAGCAAUUCAAAUGGUUCAUCUUCUCAUAAGCAAUCACAGGGGACACAAAUCAAUGAUAAUAGUGUUUUAACCACACCUAUGCAACUACAGCUGUUACAAAAGCAGCACGCUUUGCUGUCUAAUCCUCACAAGCAUGAUGAGAUUGGGAUGGCUGGAGAGAACAGUCCAUCUAUUGGUGGAACAUCUUACUCCCAAAAGAAUGUGUUUGGGCAGAACUUCACCAUUCCGGUUCAGCCAGUGAACUUUUCUUUCAGGCCAUCUGGAACAUCAGAUAAUAUUGUUGGUGGUAACGGUGGAAAUUUCAGUGACAAGAAGCAACUGCCACAGGCUCCAAAAGGUGGAGAUGAUCGUAUGCCAUCUCAACCUUUUGCCAUAUCAUUUGCAGCAUUCAAUGGUUCUGCUGUUCCUUCAAAUCUGAACUUCUCUUCUCUGGCACAGAACCCAAUGAUAUUUCAGAACCUCCCUGACAUUGCAUCAUGGCAAGGAUAUCAAGCUGCAAGUGCAUCUCACACUAUGCAGCAAAACAUUUAUUCAGUUACUGAAGGGAAGUAUGGAGGUAAGUCAUCCCACCAAGAUGAUGAAAAGAAAGCCUCAACUUCUGGUAAGUCAUCAACCAAUGUGCCAACGACCCUUGUUUUCGAUAAUUCAUCAAAGAAUCUCAACUUUGUGCCACCUCCUAUGAAUGUAAACUGGCCCAGCCAUUCCAUGACUUCGACUUCAACAACCUCGAGUUCGCCACUUUCUAGUAUUGCUUCAAAUUCUCAUCAACAUCCACUACAGCUGUUUCAUCUCCAGCAGCAACAUGGUAUGUUGCAGCAGCUACCUGCCAUGCCUACUCAAUAUAAAGCAUCAUCAACUAAUUCUACCAUUGCUACAAAACAUGUUAACAGUCCCACAGUUUUCUCGCAAACUCUUAAUCAAUGCAAAAUAUCUAACCAAGCUUCUCAGUCAAAGAACACAUCUAUUGUAACAUCUGCUACCCCAUCGCUGAAUGGUUUUUCUUAUGAGCAAGAAAGAGUUUUACAAGGUCACAGCCAAAUAUCUUUCGUGGGAAGUUACAUGCCAGCCCUGCCACCCCAACAAGGGCAACAACUUCUGAGUAACACCCAGCCUUUUGGCACAAAUUCAAUAGUUGCAGGAACUCCACCUAAUGGUGGUGGCAACAUGAAGACAAAUUCCCAAGGAAGCAAACCUGUUCCAUCAUUAUCAAUAAACACUUCACAGAAGCACCAAACUGAGAAUUCCUCUGCCGGGAGCAGCCAGAAAUCUUCCCCAGUUUGUGGGAGGAAUGUGCCAUCAAUAUUAAGUUCAUUCCCCAGCCACCUGUCCGAGCUGAAGUAUUAGAAUUCACAUGGCUUAUUUUAUUUCAACAAAUCGGAAGAAUCUCAUGUUGGAAAAGGUGGAACCACUUGCUUUAUAUUUGUGGUGAAUUGUGAUAAUGAAAUGAAGUUACAAUCGAUUUGCGCCUAACAAUUUUGAAAUCGGAAGUAGGGGAUUAGGAACUGCAUUCUUGUUGCCUUCUAUAAGGCAAUUAUUUGCAAGUUCACCAUGAGCCCUAAUUAUGUAACACAAUAACACAUUAUAUGCAACAAUUGUCGUGUGUAGAUAUAUAUAUCUCUCUUCUUUUACUUUAAUUCUAUAGCAAGAAAUGUAAUUAGAAUUUUUAUCCCUUGUCAAUUUUAGUUGAAAAAUCUAUUGUUCA